UCACAGUCUCUCUCGCUUAUUGUGUGAGCGAGUCGGUUCGUUAUAUUUUCCAACUUAGUUUUAUCAACUUAGGGUUCAGGAUAUUUUUUCUGUCCUAAAUCCGACUAGAAGGCCGACGACGAGAGCUCUUGUCGGUCGGUUGUGUAGCAGAGUAUCUAAUAUUGAGCCGGGUUUCUGGUGUUAUUCCCUUGUAAAUACUGUUAUUUGUAUAUACUGUAAAUGAUGACGUCCAUGGGCGGGAACCGAGCCCGGGGCAGCUGGGAGCAGACACAGGGCCAGACACAGAGCCAGACACAGCACAAGCAGAGGCCUCAGGCUACCGCAGAGCAGAUUCGACUCGCACAGAUGAUUUCAGACCACAAUGAUGCGGACUUUGAAGAGAAGGUCAAACAGCUGAUUGACAUCACAGGCAAGGACCAGGAUGAGUCUAUGAUCGCACUGCACGACUGCAACGGGGAUGUCAACAGAGCCAUUAACGUGUUGCUGGAGGGUAGCCCAGACACUGACUCCUGGGAAAUGGUGGGGAAGAAGAAAGGGGUGUCAGGCCAGAAGGAGGCUAGCCAGGCAGAGACCGGAGAGGAAGGAAAAGAGAACAGGGAGAAGGGUGGAGAAAAAGAUGUAGCACGUCGUCGAGGUGGAGCUCCACGCAAGGGCCGUGGAGCCAGCAGGGGCCGAGAGUUUCGGGGUCAGGAGAAUGGCCUGGAUGGAGGCAAGGCUGGAGUAGCUGGAAGAGGAGCAGAACGAGGCCGAAGGGGAAGAGGCAGAGGAAGAGGGGCUGUGGGAGUAUCUGGACGGCGAGGAGGCAGAUUUUCGGCGCAGGGCAUGGGCCAGAUUGAUAAGGGGCGGAGAUAUGAUAUUGCAGAGGGUGAAAGAACAUUCAACCCUGCUGACUAUGCUGAGCCAACCCAGACAGAAGAAAACUAUGGAGGGGGCAGCACCUGGAACAACACAGGAAAUAUGGAGCUGGAGGAAGGAGCCAGGUUGGAAUACUCUGCAGGAGAGGGAACAAAUUACCCGCCUAAGUUUGACUCUGCUCCAGGUGCCUGGAGGACUUCCACAGAGGAGUGGGGCACUGAGGACUGGAAUGAAGAUCUUUCAGAGACCAAGAUAUUCACAGCUUCCAGUGUGGCGACUGUGCCGCUUCCUCAAGAGAAUGUGACCAUCACCAAAGGACAGAGGAUUGACCUAGCAGUGCUCCUGGGGAAGACCCCGCCAUCCUCCUCUUCAGAGACAGAGAAUCCCCCAAUGGAGGCCACCCAACCCCCCUCCUUGUCUCAGUCACUGGUUUUCAGCAAUUCCAAGCAAGGGGUGCCACUGUCCCAAACAUCCUCCACAACCCCUUACACUCAGCACAGCAUGGUCAGCAUGCUGAGCAAAGGAUUUGGGGAUGUGGGGGACCCUAAAGGAGGAAGCACAGGGACCACUGGCUCCCAGUUUCUGGAGCAGUAUAAAACAGCCCAGGCACUGGCCCAGCUCGCUGCACAGCACUCUCAGACUGGACCUCCCAACACAGCCCCCUCAUCAUGGGACACCAGUGCCUCACUGGGACAAUAUGAUAUGAAGGCUCAGCCUGAGUCUGCAGUCCAUACACCCUUUACGAAGCGGCAGCCCUACCAGGCUACCACCUCAACCUCGUCCAUGUUGGAUGUUUUCCUGCAGGACAAAGGCCUGCCCCCUUCCUCUGUCUCUUCAUCUUCUUCCUUGCCCCAACAAACAACAUCCUCACCCCAUGUGGCACCUCCACCUGCUUCCUCCCUUCCCAAAAUGGCAGCAGUUCCAUCUCUUGGUCAGCAGGUUUCUCCUAGUUCCUCAGAUGCCCAGGGUUCAAGUCCACUGCCUUUGCAACAGCAUAAACUCAAACAGCAGAAGAAGAGAACUUCCAUUACAACAAAGAUUCCAGCAAUGGCAGUGGAGAUGCCCGGUUCAACAGACAUCUCGGGUCUCAAUCUUCAGUUUGGAGCGCUGCAGUUUGGAUCAGAACCAGUACUACCAGAGUACGAGUCCACCCCCACCACCACAACACCAGCCAACCAGGUUCAGAACAGUCUCUACACUAGCCCGAGCAGUGAGUCAACUCCAGCUCUUUCCAACUCCAGCCAAAUGGACCUUUAUGAUCAGAGGGCGCCACAGACACGACGCUACCCUCCCUCUGUCUCCUCCUCCCCUCAGAAGGACAUGCAGCCCAAGAAACCUGUGAGCUCACCUUCAUUCUUGGUUUUACAGAAUGGCUUCAGUUCAAUACAAGCAACACAAUCUGUGGAAGCUGCAGCAGGCUCUGUAGUGAAGUCCACCCCUGAUUCGGUCACACCCGCAUCGGUCUCCAGUAUGGGUACUUUGACGGACAGCGGCUCAGGCCCCGCCUCCUUGUUGACUACAUCUAAUCAGACAUCCCUUAGUGCUUUGGGGCACAGUGAAGACCUGCCGCCAAGCACACAUCCCCCUCCUCAACACAACAACUCUCUGCCAUCACAACAGAACAGCCUUGGACCGUCUUCAGUCAGAACGUCUAACUCAAGCUUAUUGCAUCCCAGUGUAGACGGUGACUCUAGUCUACACUCCUCCUUCCCCUCCUCUGUCUCAGCUGUGCCGUCUUCGUCAGUACCCUCCUCUUCCUCUGUGGCUGCUGCAGCACAGGUGUCCUUAGGGGCCCCCCAGGCUUCCUCGGUAGUUUCUGCCACAGUUUCAGCCCCUUCCGGCCUCGGCCCUGUAAGCAGUCUGGCCAUGGGCCUCAACACUGCCUCCAUGGGUGCCCCAGCCGCAGCAGCUGCAACCAUUUCAGUUUCCACAACGGCCUCGACCAUUCCCUCUUCAGCUACUUCCUCAUCCUCACGCAGCUCUGCAGCAUCCUCAGGGAAAGCACCUCCAAACCUGCCACCUGGAGUGCCCCCUCUACUGCCCAACCCUUACAUCAUGGCCCCUGGACUACUGCACGCCUACCCUCCUCAAGUGUACGGCUAUGAUGACCUACAGAUGCUGCAGACAAGAAUACCGCUGGAUUAUUACAGCAUCCCAUUCGCAACCCCCACAACUGCACUGACUGGCAGAGAGGGCAGCCUGACAAGCAACCCUUAUUCUGGAGACUUAUCAAAAUUUGGGCGAGGCGAUGCAUCAUCCCCGGCUCCAGCCACCACAUUAGCUCAGACACAACAGAAUCAGACCCAGACUCAUCACACCACCCAGCAGCCCUUCCUGAACCCAGCGCUGCCACCUGGCUACAGCUACACAAGCCUCCCAUACUACACUGGCAUGCCAGGCCUGCCCAAUACCUUCCAGUACGGACCUGCUGUAUUUCCGGUGGCUCCUACCUCGUCAAAGCAGCAUGGUGUGAAUGUCGGCGUCAACGCAUCAGCCACACCCUUCCAGCAGGCUAGUGGCUAUGGUUCCCAUGGAUACAGCACUGGCUAUGAGGAUGUGGGCCAGGCUUCAGGGAGUGGGGAUUUCUGUAAAGGCGGAUACGGCACUGCCGUGGCCGCUGCCGCUUCUGCACAAAACAAGCCAACCAGCUCUGUCACCGGGCCUGGAGUCGGAGUCUCUGUGACGUCAAGCAACACGGGGGUACCAGAUAUUUCAGGGUCUGUUUACACAAAGACGCAGUCAUUUGAGAAGCAGGGUUUCCAUGCUGGCACGCCGGCAGCGUCCUUCAGCCUGCCCUCCGCCCUGGGGAGUGGGGGACCCAUCAACCCCCCGGCUGCUGCUGGCUACGCCCCGGCCCCCUUCAUGCACAUCCUGGCACCGCACCAACAACCCCACUCUCAAAUUCUCCACCACCACCUGCAGCAAGAUGGACAGAGCGGCACUGGACAACGCAGCCAGAACGCCACCAUUCAACAGAAGUCUCAGAUCAACAAGUCGGCGUACAACAGCUACAAUUGGGGCGCCAACUAACAUCCACUGUAGGGCCCCCACUCCGAAGACGAACGGGGGCUCGUCACUCCCUCUGCAAACGGUCUCCACAUAUAAACUCCCUCUUUCUCCUGCUGAGAUUCCCUCCCCAGUCUCUUGGCCCAGCACUCCUGCAGCUCUGACCGCGGUCGGAGGAGGUGCUGUGCCGAGAGAACGAGCACUGUAAUGAUGCAUGGAUGGGUGAGGGGAGGGGAGGGCCAGGAGGGGCUUAGAAGAGAGGGGAGAUGGAAGCUAAAAUGGUUAGUGAAAUACACCAUCAAAAGGUGAAAUAUUGAGUGUUGGGAAUUUGUAUCGUGUUAAUCCUACCGCCCCACCCCUUUGCUUUCACUUGUAUGUAACAUAGAACUGUUUUCUAAAAGAAUGAGCGUUUCCUGUACGGUCUUUUCAGUUUUGUUUUGGUUUUUUUUUUUCCUUUUUUGGUCUGUUUCUCCCCCUUUCUUUCUUGCUGAUGGGGAGGAAUGAAGUAAUAUCUGAAGGUGGGGGGACAGGCUGGUUUUGUAUUUCUCACCCUCAACUCCCCACUUAAUUUUGGUGGAAAGUCUUCUCUCAACGGAAAAAAGCCCACUCAAUUUGCUUAAUUGCCAUUUCUUUUCUUGUUUUUUUUAUGCAAUUUUAAGUUUUAAGAAACAAUUCUCUAAAUUGGUAGAGUUGUAAGUUUAUUUUUUACCAAAUAUAGAUAUAUUAUAUAUAAAGACAUAUAAUAAGCUCACUGGCUUGGACUGUGAGGAAAGUGUGUUUGUCAUGUGAUUGCGUGCAUGUUUGUACACACGGAGGCUGUGGUUGUGUACUGUGCUUUGUUUUUUGCCUAGCACAGGAUUUUUCAUGGUGUAAAAUUUUUUUUCCAUUAAUCCCACACUUGUACAGUAACUGUUGUCAUUAAUUAUGAAGAUGUUGCUUAAGUCCCACCUGUUAUGCAAGAGAAGUUGAAUGAUUUCCAAGGCCAAUACACACCCAGUCUGCCUUCCAGUGUGUUUUAUUUUGUUCGAGGCCCCCCCACCUGCUCCGCCGCCUGUCCCCUGACAUAAGGAAACCUGCAGCAUUGAAUACUGAUGGACAGAAUUGUACUAUGGGUUUUUUUUUUUUUCUUUUGUCAGUGAUUUAUUUUUCUUUUUGUACUGUGCGUUUUAAAAAAAAAUUUAAAUGGAUAAACUUGUCUUGUACAUAUAUAAAAAAACACAAGUACUGUAGUCCCUGUUUGUUCGAUGGCUUUCUCCUUUUCCUUCUCAAAUCCUUGCAGACUUGUUAGCUUUUUGUUUCAUAUAUUUUUUUUAUUUUGUAAAAAUAUAUAAAUAUUAAGUAAAUAAACAAUAAAAAGACA